AUGCAAAAACUGACGGAGUGCAUAGACGACCUGAAGCAGAGAAUCGUUGCUUGGGGAAAGUGGAUUCGGCGAUAUACUGAUAGGUCGACACGGUUCAACCAGAAUCGUCUCUUCCAGAAUGAUCAGAAGAGGCUCUAUAAAUCAUUGGAGCGACCAAUAGUACGUGGAACGGGCCCAGCACCGAAUCAGGCCGACACUGUCGUAUUCUGGCGCGGCCUGUGGUCAGAGCCCGUAAACCACAGCGAAGGCCCUUGGAAGGAAGUUGAGGUGAGUCAGUGUGCUGGUAUUACACCCAUGGACCCCUUCAUCAUAACGCCGGAUGACGUAGCUGAGGCGGUCCGUAGGGCCCCGAACUGA